AUGGUGUCUACGAACUCAUGGCACAUGACUCCGCCAACCUCGGAGCCACGCCGACGGCCGGCCGGCCUCUACCCGGAGGUGUCGUGCGUCAGCGAUGAAAGUUGGGACUCGUUUCCUUUGCAGCACGAAACAACAAACCCGGCGUCCCGGCCCGUCUCCAUGGGCCACGACCUUAUGUCCUUGGACAUGGUCAACAACAGUGACUGGCCACAAAAGUCUGUCGAGGAGAACCUCGACUUUCAAGCAUUGGAGGCCGAAGGACCCAUCGGCCAGGCUUACACUACUGACGAUGCUGUCACCAUUCUCGACUUGAGAUAUCCAGACUCGACCCAAGACGGACAGCCCUUGAACCUGGACGGCAGCUUGAAUCGCCGCAAAAUGUCUGGCUCCUCGCUGACCGCCAUGUCCGAUUUGCCGCCGUACGAAGACUUCUCGGCGGCCCUGUCUGAGGCCCCAUCGUACGGCUCUGACUACCCCGCGACUUCGAAUCGCAACUCAAUGAUCCGCGGCCGGGCAACACCCUCCCCUCGACCGAGCAUGCGCUCUGUCCCGUACAGUAUCGAAGGGUCCAAAAACCAACGGUGGUCGACGGGCUCGUAUGCUCCGACCCAGGGCCGGCGACAGUCCCCCUUUGUGUACAACAACGGCUCUCCCGAGGUCUACGGUGUCCCCCAGCGAAUGUCGUACCAAGGCCCCUCUCCCGCCAACUUUCCUGCUCAGCAGCAACCGAUGGGCUUGGGCGCUUACCCUUCAGGUCCUCGGGCGCCGUUCAUGAUGGCCGGUCAGCCCGUAUACCAGAGGAACAACAUGCUCCUGCCCUCUCAGCUGCCGUCGCAGCCUUUUCAUCAUGACGCCGGCCACUUCGAGCAGCCGCCUCCGUUGCCGUCGCAGGGCCUGUUCAAGAUGCUCCAGAGCAACGGGGAUCCACACUCGCUGCACGGCCACUACACGGACUUGUCGGACCCGCCCGAUCUGUUCGCUGCUCUCCACGAGGAGCAAAUUCCGCCGCCAGAGGAGGACAUGAAUCCUUCUGACCCCGACUUGAUCCCCUACGAGCAAGAGCUGAGGUUCGAAGGUGACUUGUACACGCCGCGGUGGCCGGGGCGAUGGCUCGUGCUCAAGAACUCGGCAUUCUGGUACGACAAGUCUUUUACGCACGGCAUCAGUGCAGCUACCGGCUCUCCCUUCCAAGAGCCCCUUGAAACGAGGCGGAUGGACGGCAACCCGGACGUCUGGGAAGGCAUGUGUGGAAGCUGCAACGACUGGGUCGCCUUGGUGAGCAGCAAGAAGAAGGGCACCACGUGGUUCAGACACGCAUACAAGUGCCACAGCCAUACCAAGGUAAAGGAUGGGCCCAAGCGUCGCCGCGAGGCCACAAAUGGCCGCGCCGGAGGGGCGAGAAGCAAGCAGCGUUCCGAGACACCGGAAACGAGGAGCAUGUCGGUCCCCGGGCUGGCUCCUGUGCUGGACGCGCCCACAUCGGCACCGAUGCCGCCCAUGCACCCGCAGCUCCGGAACCUCAAUCAAGUGACUCAAGUCUUCACGCCUCAGCCACUCCGCCUGCCAGGGUCCAGGCCGCCGCCGCCAUCCCUCGCCGCCUCCGCCGGUGGUUUGGGAAACAUGGUUUAA